AUGCGUCAUUUAAAAGCCCAACAAGAUCUAAGAGAGAAGGAGUUUGAGAAGCUGAGGAUAGCCUUUCACUCUGCCUGUACCGAUUUGGGCAGCGCAGUUACAACGGCUGGCAAUGCUUUUAUAAACAAAGGGCCUCCUGUGGAGAAAAGAAUUGAAAAUUUGCUUACAGAGAAAGACCCCUUUACAGCAGAGCUAUCAGGAGGACGCAUUUUCAAGUUUGUCUCAAAGAAAAAGCCUCAGCCAAAGACGCAAACCAACCGCCAAUGGAAUAAAUUAUUGUGGAUGAGCCAAAAACUCACCUAG